GAAUAAAACACUUACCUAAAUUACAUGACCCUUUUAACAAACUAUUCUCUCUAGUCUCUCCCCGCCACGUAUUUCUCAAACAUAUAACCAAUAAUCAACCCAUAAAGAAAACCAAUUUAAUAACUUGACAUUUCUUUCUUCAAUUUUAGUUGAUUCUCUUUGUUUCUUUCAUAAACGUUGAUCGGUUACCGGCGAAGUAUUUUGCCGGGAACCGUUGACAACCUGAUUAGUGCGCGUUUAUGUAACCUCCUGGCUUCCGGUAUCGCAUCGAUUCCCUUGUACUUAUAUUAUAUUGGCCCCAUCGUGCGUGAAAAUAACGUAAUGGAAAGCGAGAAAGGGGAAUGUGGGAUCUACCUCCACGGCGAUCUUGACCUCCACAUUCUAGAAGCACGCUGCCUUCCUAACAUGGACUUGUUUUCAGAGAAUUUUCGUCGUGUUUUCGCAUCGUGUCGUGCUCCUUUCUCUAGGAAGAAAGUAUCCUCCGAGGGGAAAAACAACGAUCUGGAUCAUAAGGGCCACCACAUAAAGAACAAGACAAUCAUAACGAGCGACCCGUAUGUAACGGUCAACAUAGGCGGGGCAACCGUGGCACGUACACGUGUGAUAUCGAAUUCUCAGAAUCCGAAAUGGGAGGAGCAUUUUAAUAUCCCCUUAGCUCAUGCGGUGGCGGACAUUGAGUUCAAGGUCAAGGAUAAUGAUGUCCUUGGAGCUGAUAUGAUCGGUAUCGCUACAGUUAAAGCUGCGUCCAUUAUUUCGGGUGAGGAGAUUGACGACUGGUUCCCAAUUCUUAGAGAUAACGGCAAACCACCCAAGCCUAAAGCUGCGGUUCACCUACGUCUCAGAUUCAUCCCAUGUGACGUGAACCCGGACAAUGCAGCUGGGGAACAUAGGGUAAACCGGAGCUACUUCCCUGCGCGACCAGGGGGAAGGGUGACAUUGUAUCAGGAUGCUCACGUGGCAGACAACGAGCUGCCAAGGAUUGAGCUGGAACAAGGGGUUGAGUAUCAACAUGGGAAGUGUUGGGAGGAUAUAUGCCAUGCUAUAUUGGAAGCACAUCACUUGGUGUAUAUUGUAGGGUGGUCAGUGUACCAUAAGGUUAGGCUGGUUAGAGAGCCUUCUAAACCGUUGCCUAACGGUGGCGACUUGAAUUUAGGAGACCUUUUGAAGUAUAAGUCCCAAGAAGGAGUCAGAGUUUUGUUGCUUGUUUGGGAUGAUAAGACUUCCCAUAGCAAAUUCUUCAUCAACACGCAAGGUGUGAUGCAAACUCAUGAUGAACAAACGAGGAAGUUUUUCAAGCAUUCCUCUGUCAUUUGUACUCUGUCACCCCGUUAUGCCAGCAGUAAGCUUAGCAUUAUCAAGCAGCAGGUUGUUGGCACCUUGUAUACACACCAUCAGAAAUGUGUAAUAGUGGAUUCUCAAGCGCCAGGGAAUAACAGGAAGAUAACAGCUUUCUUGGGAGGUUUAGACCUUUGUGAUGGUCGUUAUGAUACCCCGGGGCACCGUCUCUUUCGAGACCUUGAUACUGUAUUCAAUGAUGAUUUCCACAAUCCUACGUUUGAUGGAACAAAGGGCCCUAGAGAACCCUGGCACGAUCUUCACUGCAAAAUCGAAGGGCCAGCAGCAUAUGAUGUGCUUACAAACUUUGAGCAGCGCUGGAGAAAAGCAACAAAAUCUUCUCUUAGACGGAAAAUCAAGAGCAUUUCUCACUGGCAUGAUGAUGCCUUACUUAAAACGAGCCGUAUAUCUUGGAUACUUAGCCCUGCCCAUUGUGCUUCCCCUAAUGACCUAACACUAUGGGCUUGUGAAGAGAAUGAUCCUGAGGGUUGGGAAGUUCAGGUUUUUCGGUCUAUAGAUUCAGGGUCUGUACAAGGAUUCCCAAAGAAUGUUCAAAUGGCUGAGUCUCAGAACCUGGUUUGUGCCAAGAAUUUAGUGAUAGACAAGAGCAUUCAAACAGCAUACAUUGAAGCAAUCAGAUCUGCUCAACAUUUCAUAUAUAUCGAAAACCAGUAUUUCCUUGGAUCAUCAUAUGCAUGGCCAAAUUACAAAAAUGCUGGCGCUGAUCAUUUGAUACCUAUGGAGUUGACACUAAAGAUUGUCAGCAAAAUUAGAGCCAAAGAGAGAUUUGUAGUCUAUGUUGUCAUCCCAAUGUGGCCUGAGGGUGUUCCCACCUCUGCUGCUGUACAAGAAAUUCUUUUCUGGCAGGGAGAAACUAUGCAAAUGAUGUACACAAUAAUAGCCCAAGAGAUUAAAGCAAUGAAGCUCAAGGCACACCCACAAGACUACUUGAACUUCUAUUGUCUUGGUAAUCGUGAACCACCCGUGAUCUUGGUAGAUUCUAGUCCACCGUUAUCAAGAAAUGGCGAUGGGGUUCUGCCUUCACAAAAGUACAGAAGAUUCAUGAUAUAUGUGCACGCCAAGGGAAUGAUAGUUGAUGAUGAGUAUGUGAUACUGGGAUCAGCUAAUAUUAAUCAGAGAUCAAUGGCUGGUUCAAGAGACACUGAGAUAGCUAUGGGUGCUUAUCAACCACAUCACACUUGGGGUAGGAAGAAGGGACAUCCAUUUGGCCAGGUGUACGGUUAUAGAAUGUCACUAUGGGCAGAGCACCUAGGGGGGCUAGACGAUCUCUUUAAGGAAGCUGAAAAUUUGGAAUGUGUCAAGACAGUGAACAACAUAGCCGAAGAAAACUGGAAGAAAUUUGUAGCAGAAGAUUAUAAUCCAUUGCAAGGACACCUCCUUAGAUAUCCUGUCCAUGUGGGAAAGGAUGGGAAGGUUGAGUCAUUACGUGGGCACGAGCAUUUCCCAGAUGUUGGUGGUAAGGUGCUUGGAGCUGCUAAUUCACUUCCAGAUGCCCUCACCACUUGAACAUUUUUUUAAAUUUUUUUAAAUUUUAGUUUGGUCAUCCUUGUUAGAUUCCCUUCUUGUGCAUAUAAUUCCUGCGUACAAACCCUACAAACUGACCUUACAUAAUUAACACAUGACAGAGGAAUAGGUAAUGGGAUUUGGAGUAUUAUUUUUGCA